AUGGCUGCGCUCGCCGACGUCGACUCCUCGGCACUUCCGCCGUCCGAGUCAUCCGAAGGCAAGACCAAGAUGGACGACGAGGCGGAGGCGGAGGGCGCGGAGAAGAUGUGCGGCAUCUGCUAUGUCGACGGCCGGCGGGCCAUCCGCGGCGAGCUGGACUGCUGCGCCCACUUCUUUUGCUUCGUCUGCAUCAUGGCCUGGGGCCGCGUCGAGUCCCGUUGCCCCUUCUGCAAGGCCCGCUUCCGCACCAUCCGCCGCCCGCCCGUCGCCGGCCGGUUCCCCGACGAACGAAUCGUUUCCGUCCCCGAGCGCAACCAGGAUGCCAUGAAUUCUCCGCGGGACAACUCAACACUGACGAGAUGGAAUGUGUUGGCUGUGCAGGUAUACAAUCCUCAGGGCAACGGGAGCAGCACAGUGGGCGGAGAUCCUUACGUGAACACCAUAUGCACCGUUUGCAGCAGCUCCAGCGAUGACGAGCUCCUGCUACUCUGCGAGCUCUGCGACUCAGCUGCGCACACUUACUGUGUCGGGCUGGGGACCACCGUGCCGGAGGGGGACUGGUUCUGCAAGGACUGCGGGACGAUCAGAGAUGAUCAGUUGAGAUGGCAGGCUGAGAAUCAGGGUGAAUUUGAGAUCGGCAUCAAUGUUCCUGAUGCUGAGCCAGUUCCAGACCCCUUGGUUUCUGGUGUUGUGGAUGAGGAGCAUGAUCUGGAAAGGACAGAUGCGCCGAGCGGUGGCGGUUCGAUGGGUGACCCGGUUCCUUCCGUUUAUGACAUUGUGGAUGAUGAUUUUGCUGCCAGUGCUGGGAUCUCUAGGAGGAGGACUCCUGAGGAUAAUCGACCCCAGGGUACUUCAGCUGGAUCUCAGUGUCCCAGAUCGACCCAGGGACGAGACAAUGGUCUUGCAGCCUAUCAUGCUCGCAUUCGCCUUGAACGCAUAAGGGAGCUGCGGGAGAACUGGGCUGCUCUGCGUGAUGGUUCUGUGGGGUUUGCUCCGCAUAUGCCUGGCAGAAGAAGGAAGGAUAUGGCUGGUUCUGCUUCUGUUGCUACCAAGCAUCAGCGUUAUGCAGAGCCUGUAACUCCCGGUUCUCGAAAUCGCGCCGCUGCAGCUUCUGUUCCGCUGCAAACGCCCUUCUCUGAGGAAACUAGUACCUCACUGGGCCAUAGUAAAAAAGUCUUGCACAAGGACACUCAUGAUGCCCGUAAGGCAUGGAAAAGGUUGGAGAAAGCAAAAUCUUCUGGUGGGAGGAAGAUAUCUAACACAGCUGCCUCCCUUAACUGCAGUUCCCCAUUUUCCAUGGGGAACAGAUCAACUUCGUACAGUCCGAUUGAUACAAUUGUGGGACACAAGAACCAGAGCCUGCCUAAUAAGUUUUGUCAACAAAGUUAUUCAAUCUGUGGUCACGGUACAAAAGUGGAACAUACGCCACCCGCGAAUAACCCUAGAGGAUGCCAUAGCUUGCCUGAGAACAGUCGUGCCUCGGUUCAUGAGAGGAUGGUUUCUUUUCAGAAUCGAAUAAAUCAGGAAAGCCUUAAUGACAAAGUUGCCUCGUCAGUCCACAAUCAGCAUGUUGAUCAAUCAUUAGUUUCUUCAUGUAGUAUACGCAGACCAGAAAAACUCAAAUCAGACAUGCCGCAUCCACUAAAGUACAGUUCAUCAUCUGGUCAGUCAGCUGUGACUUCAUCCCUACAGUUAGGACCUAGUGUUGGAUCUGGGAGCCAAUCCACUGUGACGGUGAACCCUGAGGAAUGUUCAGCUGUUUGUGAUGAAGGUAUUGCUGCGACCAUUGAAGUUAGGAAAAGUUCUAGUCCAGACCGUCAUGAGCACAAGAGAAAACACAGUUCAGAAAGAUGCCAUGAUCAAGGAUCCAAAAGGUCCAGGUCAACCUGUAAAAUUGCAAAAAGUGAGAUUUCUUCUUUGGCUAUUCGCGAGUUGAAACUACUCAAGAUAGACAAAACACAUGGUUCUGACAGAUUCAAGGAAGUUGCUCGGACAGCAACACAUUCCAUCUUGGCUGCCUGCAGAUUUGAGCAUUCGCCAUCGCAAUCCCUUGCACUCUCAAGACCUGUCUGCAAGCACAGCCCCAAAGUCAAACAACUGAACUCGUCAGCAAUUACUGAUUUUUGCAGAGAAUGCUUGCGUAACUUUGUUAAAGAAGCUGUCAGUUUGGCGUUGUCUGGCAGGCAGAUGGAUCAAACUGGUACCUCCUGUUAG